AUGGUCCUCGAUCCAUUCACUUCACUGUCUUUGGCUUGUGCGGUAUGCCAGUUCCUUCACUUUUCUGGCACGUUGUUCUCCAAGUCGCGCAAGAUCUACAAGAGUGCUACGGGAUACGAUGAAGGCACCGACUCUUUGUUGGGCAUCACCAACGAUCUGCACUCACUGACGGCGAAUUUGAAGCCGCCCAUCGAUCCAAAUUCCUUGACACCCGAAGAAACGGAGCUUGUCAACCUUGGCGACAGGUGCAAACGAACCGCUAAUGAGCUUCUCUUGGUUCUGAAUGAUCUGCAGGACAGCAACACUUCGCGAUGGAGCAGUUUUCGAGCCGCCUUGAAAACAAUGUGGAAACAAGACCGCAUCGAUGAAAUGGCCAAAAAACUCGAGUCGUAUCGAUUGCAGCUUAUCCUCCGCCUGACGAUCAUGCAGAGCUUUAAUGGUGGAAAUAUGCGUAUUAUGGACGAAUUACUCGAAACCAACAACCUGCUUCGAGCUGGGUUGGCGCCAUCGAUCCAAGACUUGAGAAAAACGGUGAUGGAAUCCAUGGAGACACUGAGAGCGGACUUUGAGCGACAAAGCAAAAUGUUCAUGCUUGCUCAGAAGCAGGAAAAAGGCGAGAAUUCCCAGCCCCGACAGCAAGUGAAAUGGCAACAAGAAAUCCAACAACUGGAAGCUCUUCCGACUGUCGAUAUCACCGCAAUCACGGAAAAAGUGAUGACCUCGGCCCUUGCCAGUAAUAAUAUGGCUAUACAAUUAUUCGUCAUGCGAAGUCUUCGCUUUGAUGGUAUGGAGUUACGUCGGUCUCAAGUAACAGAGGCCCACAAGCGCACGUACAGCUGGGCUUACAUAUCGGACUUCUCGGAAUGGAUGGUUUCUGAGGACCCUCUCUUCUGGAUAAGUGGGAAACCCGGUUCGGGCAAAAGCACUCUAAUGAAGUACCUGGCCAGCAGCCCUGAUACAUCUGAUCACCUACGCAAAUGGGCAGGCACAAGAAAUUUGGUCAUUAUUGAUUACUUCUUUUGGAUCAAUGGUACCGAUCUCCAUCGCUCGCAGGAGGGUCUACUUCGAUCUUUAUUGUUUGACAUCUUCCGGAAGUGUCCUGAACUUAUUGAAACAACAUUUCCAGAGCAAUGGAAUGACUCCUUGAAUUUGAAUUAUGACUUCAAUGAAUUAUCAAUGCCGUGGAGUCGCCGGGAGCUGCUAAGCGGCUUACAAAAGAUCACCCAACAGACGGCUUCGUCCAAUGCGUUCUGUAUCUUCAUCGAUGGUUUGGAUGAAUAUGAGGGCGAACAUGAGGAUCUGGUCAAUCUACUUUCGUACAUGGCUAAGACAUCCCCAAUCAAGCUCUGUGUGGCAAGCAGACCUUGGAACAUUUUUGAGAAAGCCCUGGGGAAAAACUCGACACGCAAGCUCUACCUGGAGAACCUGAACAGGCCUGACAUCGAGCUUUAUGUGAAGAACCAACUGCAAGACCGUGCUGAUUUUAAAGCUUUGGCACUAUCUAAUCCAGAUGCCACAGAACUGGCUUCAGAUAUUGUUCAACGUUCAAAUGGCGUUUUUCUCUGGGUCUAUCUGGUCGUCCUUUUGGUCAAACAAGGCCUAGUCAAUGAGGACCGAAUCGUGGACCUGAAGCGUCGCGUGAGUGCUUAUCCAGCCGACCUCAACGACCUUUUCAAACAUAUCAUGGACUCCUUGGACACGUUCUAUCAAGCACAAAUUGCUCGUGGAUUUUCUAUAGCACUGGCUGCAAAGAACCCGCUCUCGGUUGUCAGCUUCUGGUACCUUGAUGAGUUAGAGCUAGAUGCUAGUGUUGCCAUCACCAAGCAGGUUGACUACUCAGCUGAGAAGAGAGGAAGACUGAAGGAUUUCUGGAAAGAAGAGGUUCGCAAAGUAACGGCACGUCUUAACGGGCGCUUUAAAGGGUUCCUGGAGAUUGUGAAGACGGGCAAGUGGGAAACACCGUCUGAACUCAGGGUCGAUUUUCUCCAUCGGACGGUGCGAGACUUCCUUGUCACAGAAGAUUGCCAGCGAGUUCUGAAAGAAUGGACGCCCUCCAGCUUUGAUGUCCACUCUGUACUUUGCAAUAUUCAACUUGCUGAGGCAAAAGAGCUAGACCCAAGACUUGCAGAUCCGGUACAUUUGGAGCGACUGACAGAAGGCAUAUUUUACUCUGCACAGCAAUACGAGAAAUGUCAUCAAAAGUCGCUCAACACAGUGCUUGAACAUCUUGACCGUACGAUUGCGGGAUACGGUCAUGUGAGGUAUCCUUGGGAGAAUCUGGGCCUUCCUCUCACAGACGCUGAGAACUUCAACGUGUCCGCCGUGUUGAGCAAUAUGGCCCAUUUUAUCUCGAAUCGCUUUGAGACGGACAGUAUCAGCGAGGAAGAGAGAUUGAGAAGCCUUGAAAUGAUUUUCAAGGUUACUCGAACUUCAGCUGCAGAGGAUUUGCACGACCUACCAUCUAGUAUAGAAGUAGUUGGCAACCCUCUAGAUAUGAUUCUCCUGCUGGUGGAGACUCGCCCCCUAGUUAGUCGUAUCCCGUUCGAAGUGGUAUGGACAGGCAUGCGGGAGUACGGAACCGCGACCAUCCGGAGUAUUUUGCGAUGCCUGUGCAGGAAUGGGCUUGUGGAUCUCGAAGAAUUCCAGCAGCAGUCUGCAGCAGUCACAAUACUAACCACUCCGCAGGAUGCGAAGGAGCUCGAGGAAAUGACCCGUAUAGCGUGGAAAGGGGCUACAAGGUCGCCACAUCCACAAACUCAAUUGAAACAGACUUCGCGCCCUCAUAUUCAUCCUCCUGAAAAGACAAUAUUCAACAAAAAGAAGGGCAAAUUGCACAGAUGGCUUGGGAAGGUCAGAUCUGGCUGA